AUUUGAUAUACUAUGUUGAUAUGAAACCAUAGCCGCAUUAGUAAAUCCACACGACUCAGUCUUGUUAACAUGGAAGAUACCAAAGACACAAAAGUAUCGUAUACACCGGUAUACGAUGACGCGAUUAAAAAAAUGUUGGAAAAUGAUUUUUCAAGAAUUAAAGAGGAAUGUUACCUAGAUCAUGCAGGGGCAACUUUGUAUUCAGAUUCACAAAUAAAAAGUGUGACUACUGAUUUGUAUAGCACACUCUAUGCUAAUCCUCACUCUAUUGGAACUGCAAGCAAUGUAACUCAUGAUAUCAUAGAACAUAUGAGAUAUGUAAUUUUAGAUCAUUUUCACACAUCUUCUGAUGAAUAUACUGUUAUAUUCACAUCAAGUGCAACUGCAUCUUUGAAGCUAAUAGCUGAUACUUUUCUGUUUAACAAAGAGGGAACAAACAGUACUUUACAAUCAGGACAUUUUGUUUAUACACAAGAUAAUCAUACAUCAGUUCUUGGUAUGAGAGAAGUUGUAGCACAACAUGGAGCAAAAAUAACUUGCUUGACUCAUGAUAAUGCUUUUAAAGUGUUUUAUUCUCCUUUUCAUUCCUUGACUUCUUCACAACAAAACAGCAAUUCCCUUUUUGUAUAUCCUGCACAGUGUAAUUUUUCGGGAUUAAAAUAUCCCCUAAAAUGGAUUGAAGAUGUGCAUAAGGGAAUUCUCUCUGAUAUCACUUCUAAUGUAUCCACUAAAUGGUAUGUCUUAUUGGAUGCUUCUGCUUUUGUAUCAACAAAUGACUUGGACUUGUCUGUUUACAAACCAGAUUUUGUGUGUCUAUCAUUUUAUAAAAUGUUUGGAUAUCCCACUGGAAUUGGUGCACUAUUAGUAAAAAAUUCUAGUGUAGAUGUAUUACACAAAGUUUAUUAUGGUGGUGGUACUGUAGAUGUUUCUUUGAGCUCUGAAAUGUUUCAUGUAAAACGCAAAAGUCUGCAUCAAAGGUUUGAAGAUGGUACUGUACCAUUUCUUUCUAUAAUAUCAUUAAAAUAUGGUUUUGACAUAUUGUCAUCCAUAACAAUGAAACAAAUUUCAAAACAUAUUUUUUCACUUGCCAAGUUUUUACACAAUUCUUUGCUAAUGCUUCAUCACAGUAAUGAAAAUCCUGUUGUAGAACUAUAUUCUGAUACAGCUUAUGACAAUCCUGAUUUACAAGGAGGUAUUGUUUCUUUCAAUCUCAUGCGUUCUAAUGGUGAAUAUGUAGGGUACAUGGAAGUCUUGAAUAUGGCAGCUCUAUUUAAAAUACAUCUUAGAACUGGUUGUUUCUGUAAUCCUGGUGCAUGUCAAAGGCAUUUAGCUUUAUCAAAUAAAGAAGUUCUUCAAAACUAUGAUGCAGGAUAUGUUUGUGGAGGGGAUGCAGAUUUAAUAAAUGAUAGACCAACAGGAGCUAUAAGAGUUUCAUUUGGAUACAUGUCUACAGUUAAUGAUGUUCAGACUUUACUGCUCAUGAUCAAUAAAUGUUUUGUAGAUGGACCACAAAUAAAUAAACUUCCAGACUGGUGGUCAGAUUAUAAAAUAAUCUUAGACAGAAAAUAUUAUCAACAAAAUAUAAUCAUGCAAAAUGCAUCCAAAAUAACAAAUAACAAUAAUAAUGGGAUAAUAAAUAAAUUACAAAGAAUGAAAGAAUUAAUUAGUUGUUCAAUCAGUGACAACCAUUUCGUAAAUUUAAUAACAAACAUUAAUGACACUAGGAAGAAAUGCAUUCUAGCAAAAUUAUAUAUAUAUCCAAUAAAAUCAUGUAGUGCUUAUGAAAUAACAAAUUCCUGGAGCUUAAGUUCUAGGGGUUUGCAAUAUGACAGAGAAUGGAUGAUUAUUACAUCUUCUGGUACUUGUUUAACACAAAAACAACAUAUUAAUCUUUGUUUGCUGAGACCAGUUAUAUUUAAGGAAAGAGGAAUUAUGCAAUUAAAUUAUCCAGGGAUGCCUACAAUCAGUGUUCCUUUAGAUAAUAACAAUGUAAAUACUGUGGAGGGAACAUUAUGUCGAAGUCGAAUUUGUGGUCACAAAGUAGAAGGUACUGAUUGUGGUGCAGAUGUCUCUGAAUGGUUAAGUUUAUCAUUGGGUCUACCAAAUUUAAGACUUAUACAACAAAACAAUAAUGAUAUUAAAAAGAAAGAAAGCAAUAAACCAGAGCUAUCGUUUUCUAGUCAAGCUCAGUAUCUGUUAAUAAAUAAAGCAAGUGUGUUGUGGCUUAGUGAUAAAGUAUCUGACACAGAAGUCCAAAAAGACACAAUUAUACAUAGAUUUAGAGGAAAUAUUAUACUAAGUGGCUGUGAAGCUUUUGAAGAAUCACAAUGGAAACAUGUUAAAAUUGGAAACAACAACUUUAUGGUAACUGGACCAUGCACCAGAUGUCAAAUGAUAUGCAUUGAUCAAACCACUGGUUUAAAAACAAUAGAACCAUUACGUACACUUGCUGAACAAUUCCAUGGAAAACUGAGAUUUGGUAUUUAUUUAACCAAAGAAACCAGAGAAGAUGGAAUCAUUACUAUAGGGGAUACUGUUUAUAUUUCAUAAUUUGAGGUUAAAAUUACUAUCAUUACAAAACAUCACCCACAAGGUGAACUUUGUUGUCAAACAACUCAUGUCAACCAUUAAAAAUGGUGAACUGAAAAAUUAAUGUCUAU